AUGAUUGAGAAAGCAAACAUUGACAAAGAAUACGAAUACUUAAAGAAAACAUAUCGAUUCUCUCAAAAAGUUUACUGGUUAGACUUAAGUAAAAGACCAAAAAGAAAACAAGCAUAUUACUUUAUAGCACUAAUGAACAACUGGCCAAUAAAAGUAUUGCUCGAUGAAGGAGCAAAUAAAGAUAAUAGAACAAAAGCAGUAUUACCAGAAGAAAAAACAAUCUCAAACCUAGGAGAAGUAAAAGUAACAAUCCAGAUAAAAGAUAUUCAAGCACAAAUUAAAGUAACUAUCAUCAAAGGAGAACAACCUUACCUUCUCUUAUCUGAAGUAGAUCAAGCAAGAUUACAUAUCACUAAAGAUAGACAAAAUAAGAUAGCUUUAAUCAAUAACAAGCCUAUUAGCUACCAAGAAAUGGGAUCAGACACAGGUUAUAGACACCUCCUUAAAAGUGAGAAAAAACAUCUCGAUGGUGCCCAACAUAAAUCCAAAAAUAUCAAAAUAUUUAAAGAAUUAAUACCAUAUUCUUUAAAAGAACAAAAAAUACUUCUUAAAAAGCAAGUUGAAAAAAAUAAACAGAGAACAAAAUUAAUAGGUGUAACAUGCAAUAGAAAUUGGGCAGAUAUAGUCAGAACAGCUCUAGCAACAGACUCCAACUUAUUACAAGUAUUCUUAGAAUAUAAAGAACCUAAAGGUAUAUACAAAAAUGAACAGAUGAAAAAAUACAUGAUGGUACAAAAUGGUGAACCAAAUAUACAAGAAGAUGAUAAUAUUAUACAAAGAAAUAGAAAAAUUGGGCUAAAAAUAAUAUUACAUACAUCAAUGAGAUUAUACCUUAAUGAUCCAUUAUAA